UUUUGUGACAAAAACUUAAAAAUAGUUAUCCUAAAAAAAAUUUCAAAAAAAUUUCAAAAAAAUUGAUUGCUUUGAUUUUUUUUUUUAAAGAUAACUAUACCCAAACCAUACUAAAAAAAACGAACCAAACUAAUCAAAUUCAAACCAAAUCAACUGAAACUAUCCGAAAAUUAACUGAAUUUAUCAGAAAUUUUAAGCAAAUGUAAACCAAAAUCAAACACUAACCGAAUCACGAAUCAAAUUUUAUUUGGGAUAAUUUCGGUUAGUUUUAUGUUUAACCAAACUAACCGAAACCGAACAACCCAACUUACUGAACUACCCAACCCAAACUAACCGAACAACCCAACUAACAAUCUCAAGCGCAACAAACAUUGGGCCGGGUCCAGAUAUUGAAGCCCUAAAACCAACACUUCACUCACUCUCCUCUCUCUCUCUCUCUCUCUCUCUCUCUCUCUCUGGGAGCCCUUUCAGACAAGACAGCAAAGAUGAAGUCUUUACUGAGAAACGCCACAACCUUAAACCCUAACACCAAACUAACAACAACAAAGCUCCUCCCUUUAAUCCACCAAACCCUCACCAAACCCUUCUCCCAAUCCACCACCAUCCCCACGAAACAAGACCGAGUCCGCGACCACGCCUACGACAACUACAUGGAAGUCGAGAAAAAAAUCCGCAAAGUCGUCAAGUUCCACUCCCUCAUCCUCUCUCAGCCCCAACACACCAUCCCAAUCUCCCUCCUCGACACUCUAGCUCGCCGCCUCGGCCUCGGUUUCAAGCAGCACGAGCCUGGCGCUUUCCUCCUCAAGUUCCCUCACGUCUUCGAAGUCUACGAGCACCCUGUCCAGAGAAUCCUCUACUGUAGGUUAACCCGCAAGGCUCUUGAUCAGAUCCGUGAUGAGCAAGAAGCUGUGGUUGCUCAGAUACCAGACGCUGUCACUAGGCUGAGGAAACUCAUUAUGAUGUCCAACACUGGUCGGAUCCGUUUAGAACAUGUUAGAAUCGCGAGAAGCGAGUUUGGUCUCCCUGAAGACUUUGAGUAUUCUGUGAUUCUGAAACAUCCUGAGUUCUUUAAGCUCAUUGAUGGAGAGGAGACUAGAGAUAAGUAUAUAGAGAUUGUUGAUAGAGAAGAGAGUUUAUCUCGUUGCGCUAUAGAGAGAGUUAGAGAGUUUGAGUAUAGAACUAAAGGAAUAGACGCAGAGGAUGUUAGAUUCUCCUUCCUCGUGAACUUCCCUCCAGGUUUCAAGAUUAGUAAGUACUUCCGCAUCGCUGUCUGGAAAUGGCAGAGGCUUCCUUACUGGUCUCCCUACGAGGACAUCUCCGGUUACGACCUGAGAUCCUUGGAGGCGCAGAAGAGGCUGGAGAAGAGAGCUGUAGCUUGUAUCCACGAGCUGUUGUCUUUAACUGUUGAGAAAAAGAUAACUCUCGAGAGGAUUGCUCAUUUCAGGAACGUGAUGUGUUUGCCUAAGAGGCUGAAGGAGUUUCUUCUCCAGCAUCAGGGGAUAUUCUAUAUUUCGACUCGUGGCAACUACGGGAAGCUUCAUACUGUGUUUCUGAGAGAGGCGUAUAAGAGAGGGGAGCUUGUGGAGCCGAAUGAGGUUUAUUUGGCUAGGAGGAAGUUGGCUGAGCUUGUGAUGAUGAGUCCUAGGAAGGCUAAGGUUGAUGGUGAGCUUGUUAGGUACAGGAAUGGAUUUGAUGAUGAUGAAGAUGAUAGUGAAUGAGAUUGUGGAGGGUCACUCAUUGUUAUGUGUUGAUUUGAAUUGAAGAUAGAUGCCAAACAAGAUAAGCUUACUUGAUCUGCAAGAUAUACUUUGGGCUAUUAUCUUUCUCAUCAGCAGAAUAUUCUUUAACUCAGAUUCAUAAAAACAAUCUGGAAUAUUUGUUUCUUGAGUCCUAUGGUUUAAGCUAAGAAUCCUCUUACCUGUCUACUUAUGUCAAGUAAAAAAAAUAUUCUUUCUUUGUUUAUUUAUGCAGAAAAAGUCCUUUUAGGAAUUCAAUAUAAAGACAAUUUUUUCUUGUAA